AGUCACUGCCAGAGACAGCAGCAGCUUCUGCAGGUUCAAUGGGCCUCUGCUCUUUGGUCAAAUAAAACCCUGCAGCUCCAUUUCCAGCAACCAUCCCCUUCUUUUGGUUAAGCAGAGAGGAGGAGGAUGGCCUAUGCUGAGGAAGACAGAAAUACCUAUGAGGUGUGUAAGGAAACAGCAGACUGGUUAUGCGCCCGCACCACUCAGCGCCCAAAGAUUGCCAUCAUCUGUGGAUCUGGAUUGGGAGGUCUGGCUGAUGUGUUGGAUAAAAAGACAAUCUUUCCAUACGAGGACAUCCCCCAUUUCCCACAGAGCACAGUUGCAGGGCAUGUUGGCAGACUGGUGUUUGGGGAGCUGAACGGACAGCCUUGCGUCUGCAUGCAGGGACGUUUCCACUAUUAUGAAGGAUACUCUGUCAGCAUGGUCACCUUUCCUGUCAGGGUCUUCUUUCUCCUGGGUGUGGAGAUCUUGAUUGUCACAAAUGCUGCCGGGGGGCUGAAUCCCCACUUCCAAGCGGGGGACAUCAUGUUCAUAAGAGAUCACAUCAGCAUGUUUGGCUUGGGAGGGCAGAAUCCGCUACGUGGACCAAACGAUGAGAGGUUUGGAGUGAGGUUUCCCUGCAUGUCAGAUGCUUACGAACAAGAUCUGCUCAGGCUGGCAAUGGAGAGUGCCCAGGAGCUGGGCUUUCUGGGGUUCAUUCGGGAAGGAGUGUACUGUCUGCUGGCCGGUCCCUGCUAUGAAACCAUUGCUGAGUGCCGUGUGCUGCAGGCGCUGGGAGCGGAUGCUGUAGGCAUGAGCACUGUCCCAGAAGUAAUUGUAGCAAGGCAUUGUGGCCUCCGAGUCCUUGGGAUCUCCCUCAUCACCAACAAAGUGGUGAUGGGCUACGACAGUCAAGAGAAAGCCAACCAUGAGGAAGUGCUGCGUGUCUCAGUGGUCCGGGCUGAAGCCCUGCAGAAACUGGUCACACACCUUCUUGGCAAGCUGGGGGAAAGCAUAAACUCUUCAUGACCUCCAGGCUCUUAUCAUUCAUAUCGUAACAUGUGAACACCAGCAAGUGCUGGGGGAGAGCUGUUGGUGAGACCAUCCUUGUACUGUCCUGAUUUUGAAUAGACCUUUUGAUCUUCGUCCCUGUGCUUUAGCUGGUCAGGUGCAGAAGUUUGCUUUGAACUUUGCCAGAAUAAUCCCCUUGUUAGUAGCCAGUGGCCAAACCAGCUUUCUGGCACUUAAACAAACAGAGCCUGCCCUCUGGCAGAUUCCCAGACCCAUAUGUCAGCAACGAGCAUCUCAGAACCAUGAGUCCCAGCUCCCCCUCAUUCUGCUGCAGAGCAUUUGGUGUUUAUCACCUGCGCUUCUGCCUCUCUCAGCGCAGCAGCUACUGCCCCGAGUCUCCACUGUCCCACUGCACUGAGCCCCUACACUGAGUUGGUCACAGGGCUUGGUACUUGCUGGGGAUGCUUUGGUGGGACCUCAUCCAAAGCCAGUGGAAGUCCCUGUAAAGACUCUGCAUUUCAGAUAAGGACCUGGAUAUGUAAAAUGGGUUCGGCUAAAAGUUGAGAUCUCUCUGGAACAAACAAUGCUGCAGAGCAGGCAGAUUGUAAUUUAUUUUACAGCUUUGAGGACCACUUCACCCCCAUGCAUGGGGUUGUGUCCCUUUACCACCCCUGAAAGUCCCAGCAGAAAGCCCUCUCUGUGCUCACUCCUUGGCUGUUCAUGACCAGCCCCAGAGCUCCGUCCCCCUCAACCUCCUCACUCUAUUUCCAGCCUUGAAUCACUCUUGCCCUGUUUUAAAGGGGGUGAAAGUGAAGCUCAGGUACAAGGCAUGACUUAUCCAUGCAUAGUGUGAAAGUGGCCAAGCUGAAAACAGGAUCCAGAUCCAGACCAACUCUGCCUGGUUUUGAUCAGUCUGUUCCUGUAUGUCUCUGAGAUCAGCAGCUUGAACCACUGGCACUAAAGAUCAGCUACCUUUUGGUGUCCCAAACCAGAUACAUCAGUCUGACCCAGCAUUUUACCCCAGUUCAGCUCUGCUGCAGUCCCUGCAGUGGGCCACCAACAGUUUGUGGGAUUUAGUGGUGUGAAAUCGUAGAGGAAUCUACUUUGGAUCAAGUAUGGGUUGUUUUUCUGGCUUUCCUGGUCCUCUUGCAUGAAGGAAUCGAUCCUCGCAGUGAGUAAAGGAUAAACAGGAGAGGUUACCAUGCUCUUCUACCAGUGUGCUGAUGGCCUGUCAAGAAAAGGUGACUAUUCACCAGAACAGUGAAUUGUCAUUGUUUCCUAAAGGUUAAGCUGAGCAGCGGAUGCAGCUGGAUGUGAAACAGUGACUGUAAUUACGAGGCAACCUUUUCCCUUCAUUUAUCUUGGAGUUCUCUAUAAAGCCCAUCACUGUCAGAGCUGAAUGUUUUCAACUGACACCAUGGUCUGAAGUGAAGACACCCAACUGGUCACGGAGAGCUCCUCAAUCUGCUUUCCUAAGUUUAUCUGAUCAAUGGUUUACCACUGAUGCUCUGUUGCAGCCUUCAGCGUUCCACGAUAUUUCUUCGGCUCCAGGCACAAAAGGAUGUCAUGGCCUGGUGAUUAUGUUCCAGAUGAGUAUUUCCUUGACGCCUUUCAUGCUGCAAUGACUGGUGUCAGCUGCUGUGUUAAUGGUGCAGAUGUUGCCACCAGGAAGGACAGAGUUGUGCACGUUUUCCAUGAAAGAGCAGCACUUCAGGCAUAAGAGAUCUUGGGGUGAACACCCUAUCCCCUUCUCUUCUCCUGGGCAGGGUUAUCUGUCAUCAGUCCUGACAAACACCUGCUCAGCCUGGUCCAGAGGACUUUGGAGAGGGAAGAUUCAUUGGUGCACUCUGCUGGCCAAGUCACUUCUUUGGCAGCUCCUGGCACUUGGAGGAGCCCUCUGAGACACCAGCUCUUUCCAUUUGGUGUGGGGCUGACUGUCAGGACAGCCUCAGGGACCUACUCUGGUGGUAAUAUCCACAGCCAGACACACUCCAGCUCCUCCUUCCGCAAGGCUGUUGCCUUUUCAGGUUUAGCAGGAGUGAAGUGCUCCUCAACGGUGGCAGCAAAAGCAAUGAAAUAUGAGAAGCGGCAGAUGUGCAGAGCAAGAAGAACCACUUCUACCCGUUUGCUUUUCAGACUUGUCCCAGUAUGGGCUUGUUACAGGGCAGAGAGAGAGCAGAUAAUUUCCCUGCCUAGAAAAUAGCGCUUCACAUUCAUCUAAUUAAUAUUCGGUAAAUACAAAGUCUCUCAAGAGCGGGUGGAAGGCAGCUGUGCAGCUAACGAGAGCUAGCGAGCAGCCACAGUAGCUGAGGCUGGGAUUUCAGCAGGCUCCGUUAAUUAAUCAGAGUCAGGCUGGACUGCAACGUGAAGGGAAGCAUCCCAGAAACCUGCUGUUGUGCUGGUGCUCCUCAAGCCAGAUUUGAGAUGAUGAGGAGCUUGGCAACAGCACGUGCUUUCUGUAGGCUGGGUCUGCUCCUGCCUCCAGCCGUACCAGAGGCUGAGCAUGAGACCCGGACCGUGUGCUUGUAUCUGAAUACAGCCUAAAUACAACUUAAAAUUUCAGCUGAACAGCACCAUGCAACUGGAUCUGUGGCUGAUUGUCUGGUUUUAAAGAACAGACAUAAAUAAAAAUUUUUUUUUAAAUAACAGUUGAACCUGUUGGCAGUUGGAGGCUCUUCUCUCUGCUGUUGGCUUGGGUGCGUCAAACUCUGCAGGAGCAUCCCAAUUUUUGUCCCUGUAAAUGACGAGAGGGAAAACACCCUGAGGACUUUGGAAGGAAUCUUGCUCAUGCUUUGGGGGAGAGGGAGAUUACAAUUAACAAGUGGAUUUGUCUGGGUUUGGAGAUACUUUUAAUCCAACCUUUUUUUUUUUUUUCUUACUGCUGAUGGGUUUCUAAAGGCUGAAAUACAAUGAUGCAAGUGGGGGAUAAUGUGUGGGGAA